AAAGGCGCGUGUAAAACGCCACGUGAUUCUCUUUGUUUUGACUGAGAACAAAAGUAGCAGCCAAACUCAAACAGUCAAUGUGUGUGAGGAAACAUCUCCCAAACACGAAUAACUGAGGACACCGAGAUCAUGCUGGAGAGAAGAUGAUCCUGUGAUAGACUGCAGUCACACGAGUGUUUGUGUUUUAUUGUGUGUCACGCCUGAUUCGCGCUGUGUGUGUGUGUGUGUGUGUGUGUGGAUGGGACGCGACUUUCACGGAUCUCCGCGUCUGCAGUGACAGAAGAGGGUUUCUUCAGGACAUCAUGAGACUGUGAGCUCAGUGUGGACUCAGUCAUGGCAGAAACCGACAUCGACAAAUCUCACCUGCCCGGUGUUUAUGACGUGUGCCAAUGUUUCUCUGUGUUAGAGGAUGGUGCUUUGGCUCACAGUCUUCAAGAGCAGGAAAUUGAGCAGUUCUACAGCACCAACAUCCAGAAGAACCAGGCAGUGCAGAACGAUGUUCGUUUGGCCCGGAGGCUGCAGGAGGAAGAGGAGCAGCGAGCAGAUCUCCGCCGGGACCUGAGGCAGCUGGAGGAAGAGGACUGCAGAUAUGCACAGAUGAUCCAAGAGGAGCUCCAGAUGUGUGCAGAGGAGGCCAGGAGGCGAGAGAAAGAGGAUGAGAAAAUCGCUAAACAGCUACAGGAAGAAGAAGAAAUGGAGAUGAGACGGCAGAUGGUUGCUACUGGUUGCAAUGACAAUGACUGUGUUUCUCCACUCUGUGAAGGUUCGGGAGUCUGGGAGCAGGUGCUUCAGGACGCUGAGAUGGCCCGUAGACUUCAGGAUGAAGAGGAUAUGCCUCACAGAGAGCAGGUUCCCCAGAGCUCUGGUCCAGAGGUGGAUUUCAUUGCGGCCCAAGUUGCCCAAGAUGAGGAGAUCGCCCACUAUAUGCAGCGCCAUCAGAGAAGAGUCAAAAACCGGCCACAAGACCUAGAGAUCCAGACUAGACCUCCUGAACCAAGAGAUGAAGGAAACACCACAACCAUGAAGUCUCUUCAGAUGUUGCGUGAGAGGCUGAACUCAGACGGACUGCAUUCACCGGUGGAAGAGGAAGACUUUUCCAUCGAAAGCCAUCUAGCAAGCCCAUCAUGCACUGCGCUCCGAAACCAACACAUACACAAUAUUGCAGAAGAACUGGACCCAACGUUUAAGGCUAGGAAGCGCGAGAGCCAAAUUUCCACCAGCCCCCCAUCAGCAGGUCUAUGUUUGGCCCCUCGUAACCCGCACAGUAUUUUUUAUGACUAUUUACCAGAACCCACCUUCAUACCACCAACUAAAAGACAGAGCGACAAAGCAGGACGUCACAAAGCCAAAGACAAGAAAGAGAACUGUAAACAGCAGUAAUCAUGUGACUAACUUGGUGUUGUCUUUAAAGUGUUCUAACAAGUAUUGUAGAAUCCAAUUUAUGGACACAGAUUAAACUGUUAGACUGAGUUGCAGGUUUCAUGGUUUCAAGGGAGAUAUACAGAAUUUAAUAUAAGCACGUACUUUUAAACUAUUAAAAUACUCAGAAGCAAAGUUCCUUCAUUAUAUGAUGGUUAAAAACCUGGUUUAAAGGUAGGGUAGGUGAUUUCGGAGAGACUAGCAAUAGCAAGCUAGCUUUGAAAGCAUAAGAUCCCACCCUCUCUGCAAAUCACUCUUACAUGAUUAGAGAUGGCAUUGGAGGAGGAUUCAAUGCAUAAUAUUACAAUAAUAACACCUUUCAUCCUCGAUUGAU